UUGAAACAAGACGAGUGCAUUGGUAUUUGGAGCAUCGGAUUUUUUUUAGCAUAACUAACUUGAGUGUAACAGAGGGCAGCUUUUAUAGGGCACCUUAUAAGAUGGCACCUCUGCAUGAAGAGAGAGAUCGAGAUAGAGAUGUACACACUUAAGAAAUCUUCAAUGGCAGUGUUGAUGCUGAGUCUGGAAAAUUCCAUCCGGCUUCAUUCUUGUUUCAUCAAAAGAUAGAAAGAUAAUUAAGAAAGUGAAGGUGAAUUUGGAAGAGAUCAGCGAAAGAUGAAGUUCGGAAAGCAUUUCAAGCAACACAAGGUGCCAGAAUGGACUGGUGCUUAUAUGGAUUAUAAUGGUCUUAAAAGAAUAUUGGGAGAGAUCUUGCAGUACAAGCAAAGCAGGCAGCCCUCGACACCUUUGAGAGCAGCAAUGAAGCACAAAUUAACUUCGCAUAGACACUUCAGUGGACUAAACCUGCAAUCUACCAAUCUCUCCAGUAAGGGCGAUAUUGAGGACCAAGUUAUAGAUGUUAACGCGUCGCCUGAAGAGGGUUCUAGAAAGUUAUAUUAUAAGACUGAGUUCCUGAGGGAGUCUGAAGAAGGAGGCGAAAUAGAGGCGAAGUUCUUUAAGAAACUUGAUGAAGAACUCAACAACGUUAACACAUUUUACAAGGAUAAGUCCGAGGAGAUGAAGCAUGAAGCAUUUUUGCUGAAUAAGCAAAUGGAUGCCUUGAUUGCCUUGCGGAUCAAGGUGGAUAUAAACCCUCAUUUUGACGGCUCUGAUGCGAGGAAACGUGAUACAACUGGUGUCGCUACCACAAACCCCUUGAAGAGUCCAAGCAGAGAUACAACUUCAGGAGUGGAGGAUAUGAAUGUUGAACGCGGAGCUGAGAUUAGUAACGAUUUUCAGCUGGAGAAAUCCUCUUAUGAACAGAGUGGAAGGGAGCAUAUGGAAUUGACCAGUGAACUGGUUAGAAGAACUGAUUGUAACCAAGAAGAGUCUACUCGUGGUCCAGAAGUAAUUGAAGUGCAAGCCAAAGAUCAUGGUAAUGCUCACCAAGAGAAGGACAACCUCACUGACUACAACGAAGAUCCUUUGAAAAUCCUUGAGCGCGUGAAGAUUAAUAACACUUUUAAAUCUCCACUAGCAACCAUAAAAGGUGUCUUUAAGGACUCAAAAGAAGAAGAGCUGAGCUUCAAGAAAGAGGAACUGAAGAAAGUUGAAGAGCGACUGAGAGUUGCACUAAUCGAAUUCUACCAGAAACUUCUUCUUCUAAAGCACUACAGUUAUAUGAACCUUGCAGCAUUUUCAAAGAUCAUGAAGAAGUAUGAAAAGAUCUCAUCAAGGAGAGCUUCUAGAUCAUACAUGAAAACAGUGGACAACUCCUGCCUCAGCAACUCUGAUGAGGUGAAUGGUCUCCUUGAAAGGGUGGAGGCUACCUUCAUCAAGCAUUUUGCAAACUCAAAUCGGAGGGAAGGUAUGGACUCUUUGCGGCCAAAAGCAAAAGCACAGUAUUUCUUGCUGUUAUUUUCAGGAUUCUUUUCUGGUUGCUCAAUUGCACUUCUGAUUGCUGUUGUUUUGAGAAUACAAGCUCGAAAGCUUAUGGAUAAGGCUGAAGGUGCCUCAUACAUGGUCAACAUUUUCCCACUUUACAGCUUAUUUGCUUUUAUAGUCCUGCAUAUACUCAUUUAUUCGGCAAACAUAUACUUCUGGAGGCAGUAUCGGGUCAAUUACCCAUUUAUAUUUGGUUUCAAGCAAGGAACUGAGCUGGGACAUCGUGACGUUUUCCUUUUGGGCACUGGUCUUGCAGUACUUGCACUAUCCAGCUUCCUGGCAAAUUUACACUUGGAUUUGGGUUCUAAAGCUUCAAAUUACAAAACAAUCACCGAACUCGUUCCUUUGGGCUUAGUCACCGUUGUUCUUGCCAUCAUCUUCUGCCCUUUCAACAUCAUAUAUCGUUCAAGUCGUUUCUUCUUUGUUCAAUGUUUGUUUCGCUGUAUUUGUGCGCCGCUUUACAAGGUUAGACUUGCAGAUUUUUUCUUGGCCGACCACGUUACCAGCCAGGUCCAAGCAAUAAGAAGUAUCGAGUUGUACAUUUGCUAUUAUGGUUUAGGGGAAUACUCCAGAAGGCAAAACAAAUGUCAUAGCCAUGGUGCCUAUAAUGCUUUCUAUUUUGUUGUUGCUGUAGUACCAUUCUGGCUCCGCCUUCUGCAGUGUCUCCGUCGAUUGUGUGAAGAGAAAGAUGCAGUGCACGGAUAUAAUGGUUUGAAAUACUUCUUGACGAUUAUUGCAGUUCUAAUUAGAACCGCUUAUGAACUAAAGAAGGGAAGGACAUGGAUGGUAUUUGCAUUGAUCAGCUCAGCUGUUGCAGUAAUUGUGAACACAUACUGGGAUAUUGCAGUAGAUUGGGGGCUUUUGAGAAGAAAAUCAAAGAAUGCUUUUUUGAGAGACAAACUUGUGAUUUCACAUAAUGUCUACUUUGCAGCUAUGAUAAUGAAUGUAGUUCUGAGGCUUGCUUGGAUGCAAUUGGUCAUAGAAUUUAAUUUGCAGAGUAUUCACAAAAUGGCCGCGUUAACUACAAUUUCAUGCCUAGAGAUCAUCCGCCGCGGUAUUUGGAGCUUCUUCAGGUUGGAGAAUGAGCACUUGAACAACGUUGGCAAGUAUCGAGCAUUCAAGUCAGUCCCUCUUCCUUUCACUUACUAUGAUACCGAUGCUGACAAGGAUGACUAAGCAUCAAAUACGACUUUAUUCUGUUGAUCAACAAGAAUGACUGAUCAUGAAGAUGAGCAAUCAUUGUAUUCGACAUUACUUCCAUGAGGAAAUGAUAUUGCUUUGAGGAUGAUGUGCACUGCCAACACCUUUUGAUUUCCAUGAUGGGGAAUGACACCUUUUCUAAAAUAAGCGGGAUUAAGCUACCCUAACCACAUAUACUCGCGGCAAUUUGAAGAAACAGUUCGCCUGAAAAGUGGUCAGGAUGAAAAAUUGUUUUUACAAAUUGAAAAGCAGUAAUUGAGUAGAU